UGUGGCAAGGUCUGGCAGAGCCCGAACCAUAUGGAGACCCACCAGCGGGUGAACACAGGAGAACGUCCUUUCGACUGCUCGGAGUGCGGAAAGAGCUUCACCAGCUCCAUCCACCUGCUGCAGCACAAUCGCGUGCACUCCAGCAAGAGGCCCUUCACCUCCUUUGACUGCCGCAAAAGCUUCAAGACGGCGAAUGUCCUGAAGAAACACCUGCAGGUGCACACGGGCGAGAAGCCCUAUGGCUGCUCCACCUGUGGUAAGAGCUUUGCCCAAUUGUCGGGGCUACGGGAUCACCGGCGGGUGCACAGCAGUGAGCAGCCCUUCACCUGCUCCGACUGCGGUAAAGGCUUCAAGUUAUCCAUGGACCUGAAGGUGCACGGGCGCCUGCACACUGGGGAAUGGCCCUACACCUGCACUCAAAGCGGCAAGGGCUUCACCCGCUCCGACAGCCUGCUGGUGCACCAGCGCACCCACACAGGCGAGCGCCCCUACACCUGCGCCCAGUGCGGCAAAGGUUUCAUCCGCUCCACCAGGCUGCAGUCCCACCAGCGCACCCACCCCGGGGAGCGGCCCUACACCUGCAGCGACUACGGCAACGGAUUCACCCAGUCCCACAGCCUACUGGUGCACCAGCGCACCCACACCGACGAGCGACCCUACACCUGCAGUUACUGCGGCAAGGGCUUCAUCUGCUCCAGCCACCUGCUGUCCCACCAGCGCACCCACACCGGCGAGCGCCCCUUCAUCUGCGCCCAGUGUGGCAAGUGCUUCACCCACUCCAGCACCCUGCUGUUGCACCAGCGCACCCACACUGGCGAGCGCCCCUACAUCUGCAUCCAGUGCGACAAGGGCUUCACCUCCUCCAGCAACCUGCUAGAUCACCAGCGCACCCACACC